CGAGCGCUGAGCGGAGCUUCCGGCUUCCGGCCCCACUCCCAGCGGACGCGAAGGAAGGCCGCCGCUGCCCCAAGCGCGGGGUUGGGCAUGAGGAGCCUGGGCGGCCGACCGGGAAGGUUAUCCAAACACCAUACUGAUAUUUCGUACUGCUGACCUUCUGAAGAAGAGAAGCCAUGGUUUCCAAACGGGCCUUCAUCUGCAGCUUGGGCUCCAUCUAUUUAUCCCUCCUCUUCGUCUUUCUGCUCAUGGAUGUUUAUGCUCGGCCUGCCAAUAGCUCUGCCCUCAAAGAGAAAGCAGCCGACAACAAAGAUGAAAACGAGAUCCUCCCUCCGGACCACUUGAAUGGGGUCAAGAUGGAGCUUGACGGGCAUCUCAACAAGGAGUUUCAUCAGGAGGUUUUCCUGGGGAAAGAGAUGGAGGAGUUUGAGGAAGAUUCAGAACCACGGAGAAACAGGAAGAAGCUUGUGGUGAUUUUCUCAAAGGUUGACAUCAACAGGGACAAAAAAAUCAGCGCCAAGGAGAUGCAGCGCUGGAUCAUGGAGAAGACCGAGGAACACUUCCAGGAGGCCGUGGAAGAGAACAAAAUGCACUUCCGGGCCGUGGACCCUGACGGCGAUGGUCACGUGUCCUGGGACGAAUAUAAAAUCAAGUUCCUGGCCAGCAAAGGCCUGAACGAGAAGGAGGUGGCCGAGAAAGUCAAGAACAACGAGGAGCUAAAAAUUGAUGAGGAGACCCAGGAGGUCCUCGAUAACUUGAAAGAUCGCUGGUAUCAAGCCGACAACCCCCCAGCUGAUCUGUUGCUGAAUGAGGAAGAAUUCCUGUCCUUCCUUCAUCCGGAGCACAGCAGAGGAAUGCUGAAGUUUAUGGUCAAAGAAAUUGUCCGGGAUCUGGAUCAGGACGGCGAUAAAAAGCUGACCCUUUCUGAGUUUAUCUCCUUGCCGGUUGGCACUGUGGAAAAUCAGCAGGCCCAGGAUGUGGACGAUGACUGGGUGAAAGAUCGGAAGAAAGAGUUUGAAGAGGUCAUUGAUGCCAACCACGAUGGCAUCGUUAUCAUGGAAGAACUGGAGGAAUACAUGGACCCCAUGAACGAAUACAACGCCUUGAACGAGGCCAAGCAGAUGAUCGCCGUCGCGGAUGAGAACCAGAACCACCACCUGGAGCUGGAGGAGAUUUUAAAAUACAGCGAAUACUUCACCGGCAGCAAGCUGAUGGAUUACGCACGAAACGUCCAUGAAGAAUUCUGAACACGCAGGGGCCCGGGCGCCUCUUGCACCUUCUCGUUUCUGAAGAACGAAAAAAAAAGACACGUUUCCUUUUGCUGCUCUGUCUGUGUCCCAUGCAUAUACGGUGUGGUGUUCUAGACUUUUUUUAAAGCCGUCCGUGUGCAUUAAAAGCCAAUCCCUGUCUCUCUCCUCUCGAAGAGGAAAAGGUUUCCCAAAGUCAACAGGAUAGGAUCCGGACACGUUCUCGCUCAAGGGACAGUUUUCCUCACAAUCUCUGAAGGUCCCAUUUGUGUAUUCGAUUCUUUUUGAUUGGGGAGCGCCACAAUGAAAGCCAGCGAACUGUGAUUUUGAUCACUGGUGGGGGAAAGGGGUGCGUGUGAUUGUAUGUAAAGGGAAAUCAUGGUGGGGUUGUGUAGCUCUUGUGAUUGCUUGGAACGAAUGUUUCAAAAAACAUUGAUCCACUUUACAAAACAGGUGAACGGCGGUAAAGUUCCCUGCUAGAAUACAGGUUGUUUGAAACCGAA